AUGUCGACCAGCACUAAUAAUACGAGCAAUAGCAAUGCUUACCGGAUCCCGCUCCUGAAGGAAGACAAUUGGCUCCCGUGGAAGUGCCGCGUCGAGGCCAUCCUUAAUGAAAAGAGUCUCCAGGAGUAUGUGACCGGAAAGACACCGAAGCCGCAGCCGAGUAAUGACCUGGCCAAUAGGGCAGCGAGAGAGGCGGAGAUUAGCGCCUGGGGAGAGAAGGACCUCAAGGCCCAGAACGUAAUUGUGCUAUCGCUGGGAGAUUCCCAGAUGGUGCACAUCGCUGGAGCCGAGACGGCACGGGCCAUGUGGGAGCCGCUUCGCACAGUCAAGGAACAGCGUGGACAGCAUGGAAUUCUCGCGCUGUGCCGGCGUUUUUACCGGAUGCAAGCCAAGGAAGAAGAUAAUAUCUCCAGUCACAUUACACAGCUACGACAGAUCCAGGAACAACUCCACCUAAUGGGGAAGGUUGUUUCUGACGAGGAUUUCUGGCUCAUUCUGGCUACCUCAUUACCGGAGAGCUGGGACUCUUUCCUCAGCUCUUACUUUGGUGCCAUGGGCGGCAAUGUUGGCGCCGAAGGUGCUGACAACGUGCGCCCUCAGCUUACAUCACAAGAAUUGAUUGCCAUCAUUCUUGAUGAAAAUAGGCGAAGGCACGAGCGUGGCGAGCGCGGUCAAUCCUCGGACCAAGCCAUGGUUGCCAAAGGAAAGAAGCGCCCCUUUGGGGAAUACAAAAAAUGUUCGAUCUGCGGAAAGCCGGGACAUCUUGGUAACGAGUGUCGGCACCGCGACAAGGUCAAAUGUAUGAAUUGCGGAAAAUUCGGGCAUAAGGCCACAGAUUGUUGGGCUAAAGGCGGCGGCAAAGCCGGACAGGGCUCGCCAAUGAAACGGCAAAAGACGGAACGUGCUUACGAAGUGCACGAGGUCGAAUUGAAAGAGGAUGAGGCAAAAAUAGCCUACGAUAAUGAUAGUGACACUGUAUCUCUCGGAUCUGAUGGCGAAAUCGCUUCUUUCUAUGAGUGGUUUGCUGACUCCGGGACAACUUCGCACAUUACAAAUCAUCGUGAAGUCUUCGCGACCUAUAAGGCGCUCAAAGAUCACACAAUCACGGGCAUCGGACCGCAACCAACACAGGCAUUAGGCCGCGGUACGGUCAAUGUCGAAAGUGAACCUCCUCUCCAUCACGCGUUUGGAUGA